UGCGAGUUUCGCAUCGGGCAACACAGUUUUGGGUCACACAACAAUUUCACGUGCAUGCUCUCGGGUUUUCACGUGUUUUUCUAGUUAUUUAUCAAAUAGUUACUACAAUUCUCAUCAGAAAUGCAGCACGACGAUGUCGUUUGGGGAAUCAUUAACAAAUCCUUCUGUUCCCACAAAGUCUCAACGCAGACACAGAAGUUCUGUCGGCACGAGUACAACUUGACGGGCUUGUGCGGCCGGUACACGUGUCCUCUGGCCAACAGCCAGUACGCGACAGUCCGGGAAGAGAAUGGGAUAGUCUAUCUGUACAUGAAGACAGCCGAGAGGGCGAUGUUCCCGGCCAAGAUGUGGGAGAAGGUGAAGUUGUCGCGCAACUUCGAGAAGGCCAUUCAUCAAAUCAACGAGAAUCUGCUGUUCUGGAACAAGUACAUCAUCUCAAAAUGCAAGCAGCGCUUCGUGAAGAUCACGCAAUACCUGAUACGGAUGCGCAAACUGAGGCUGCGUCGGCAGAAGCUGCUGGUGCCGCUGCAGCGGAAGAUUGAGCGUCGCGAGAAGAGGCGCGAAGUGAAGGCUUUGGUGGCUGCGAAGCUGGACAGUGCGAUUGAGAAGCAGCUGCUGGAGCGACUGAAGAAGGGGACGUACGAGGACAUCUACAACUUCCCGCAGAACAUCUUCAACAAGGCGCUGGAGAGUGAACAGGUGGAGGAUGAGGAGCAGGACGAGGACGAGGAGUCGAGUGAGGAGGAGAAGGAGAUGGAAAUUGAGCCAGAAGUUGAAAAGGAGUUCGAGACGGAAUUCGUGGAAGCUGAAGAUGAUGAUGAUGAUGAUGAUGACGAUGAUGAUGAGAUGGAUUCGGAAGCAGAAAGUGAAUCUGGUGCUCGAGAAGUUGCAGAAGUUGACAGUGAUUUUGAAUCCUCAGAGAAUUCGGAUAUUGAGGACAUUCAGGGUCCGAGUGGCGCCAAAUCCAGGAUCAAGGGACAAUUUGUUCGGGCGCGAAAGACGAAACCAAGAGUGGAGGUUGAAUAUGAAGUGGAUAGGGCUGAAGCGCGGGAAAGGAUACAUCAAUGAGGUGAGAUAAUGUGGACUAGAAGAGUUUAUUGAAUAAAAAGAUAUAUUUUGUAAAUAAGUGCGCUGUUGUUGAUUUGAAAGAAGCGCAAGGCGGGCAAAGCGUGAAAACUCUGAUGCUCCAACGU